ACACCAACAAAUGAUGAUGUCCAGAAAUUGAAUGAUAUGAUUAUCGAUCAGUUUCCAGGAGAAGAACAUAAUUUGUUAUCGUUUGACGAGGUUGAAGGAGAUAAUCAUAAUUUAUACCAGCAAGAAUUCUUAAACUCAAUUGCACAAGGUAGUUUGCCACCUCAUAUUCUAAAGAUAAAAAAGGGUGCACCAUUGAUGUUGUUACGAAAUCUAGAUCCUAGAUAUGGAUUGUGUAAUGGGACCCGGUUAUUAUGUCGUGGUUUAUUUAUGAAUAUGUUGGAUGUGGAAAUCCUGACAGGAAGCAACGCAGGAAAACGUGCUUUUUUGCCUAGAAUUAAAAUAAAAACAUCUGCAAGUGAUGGACUGCCUUUUGUCCUUAGUAGAAAGCAGUUCCCUGUGCGACUAAGUUUUGCAAUUACAAUAAAUAAAUCACAAGGACAAACCAUUCCAAAUGUUGGAAUAUAUCUUCCACGACAUGUUUUUAGUCAUGGACAGUUAUAUGUGGCUUUAUCCAGGGGUGUUUCACAGACUACAACAAGAGUUUUAACCAGGGAAGGAAAAUUGAAAGGAGAAGAUGGUGACUACACAAAAAAUGUAGUCUACAAACAAAUUCUUUUAUCGCACCCGCGGAUAACAGACUUUGAAGAUAAAUGGAACACGUGGAAGGAUGAACAAAGUAUUUCAUCCAUCGACAAACUCGACAAUAUGGUCAAACGUUUGAAAAUUUACUCCAUCGGUUGGAGCUCCACGGUGAUAACAGAUAAAACACAACUUUGGAAAAUGGUGAAAAGAGAAAUAAUAUCUCAAAGGAUGGAGAGAAAUCCAGGUAAUUCAGAAACAAGUCAUAAUUGUUGUUCUACGAAAUCUAGACUAAAACAAAGUAUCUCCAUUCUCCAGUUUUUUAAAUCUCAAGAGCGCAUUGAUAAAGGGAUGUACGAAGAAUUGAUUCGAAUCUUUAUAAGGGAAAAAGAAAAUACUUCGAAUAGAGAUUUCAUGUUCGGCAUUCCUCUUAAAGAACGUCAUUGA